AGCCAGCAUGAUUUAGCGGAACACAACAAACGAACGAAAUGCCACGAACAUAAAUAAGGCCUGUCGCUUUUAAGCAGCAAGGAGGUUCACCGCCCCCCCCCCAGCCGAGGUUUGACCACAUCACUGUGACUUCACAUUUUCAGACUUUUGAAGCAAGUCCUUAUCAGAACAUUAAAUAUCUGUUGCUACAGCGCCUUGGGCACCCGGAGGACAAUUAGAAUAACCAUGAACCACGAGUCAGACGUGAACACCAUCUCUCCAGAGCUGCCAGCCAUGUUCGACGGCAUGAAGCUGGCGGCGGUGGCCACGGUGCUCUACAUCAUCGUCCGCUGCCUGAACCUCAAGAGCCCCACUGCACCCCCGGACCUCACCUACCAGGACACGCCCCUGAACCGCUUCCUCCUCAAGUCCUGUCCUCAGCUGACCAAAGAGUACAUUCCUCCCUUACUGUGGGGUAAGAGCGGUCACCUCCAGACAGCACUGUAUGGUAAACUUGGUCGGGUGAGCUCACCCCACCCCAGUGGAGUGAGGAAGUACUUACCCAUGCAGGACGGGGCCACUUCGACCUUUGACCUCUUCGAGCCAAUGGGGGACCAUCAAACAGGAGAUGACAUCACCAUGGUGAUAUGCCCUGGUAUCGGUAACCAUAGCGAGAAGCAUUACAUCCGAACCUUUGUGGAUUACGCCCAGAAGGACGGUUACCGCUGUGCAGUGCUGAACCACCUCGGAGCUCUACCCAACAUCGAGCUUACCUCUCCACGCAUGUUCACCUACGGUUGCACAUGGGAGUUUGCGUCAAUGGUCGGCUACAUAAAGCGGGCGUAUCCCCAGACCCAGCUGAUCGUGGUGGGCUUCAGUCUGGGCGGAAACAUUGUAUGCAAGUUCCUGGGCGAGAACAGGAUGAACCAGGAGCGAGUGCUGUGUUGUGUCAGCGUCUGUCAGGGGUACAGCGCUCUCAGGGCCCAGGAAACAUUCCUGCAGUGGGAUCAGUUCAGGCGCUUCUAUAACUUUCUCAUGGCCGACAACAUGAAGAAAAUCAUCCUCUCACACAGGCACAGUCUGUUCGGAGGAAGCUCAGUUAAAAUGUUGGAUGCAGAUCUCAGUCGGCUGUACACAGCGACGUCCCUCAUGCAGAUCGACGACAACAUCAUGAGAAAAUUCCAUGGCCACAGCUCUCUCAAAGAGUACUAUGAGAAGGAGAGUUGUGUACAUUAUAUUCACAAUGUAAAGGUGCCCCUGCUGCUAGUGAACUCUGCAGAUGAUCCUCUGGUUCAUGACUCGCUGCUCACCAUCCCUCGCACACUAGCAGCAAAGAUGACGAAUGUGAUCUUUUCCCUGACGCUACACGGAGGCCACCUGGGCUUCUUCGAGGGCGCGGUGCUCUUCCCCCAACCCCUCACCUGGAUGGACAAAGUGAUUGUGGGUUACGCCAACGCCAUGUGCCAGUGGGAGAAGCAGAAACCGCCGUGCCAAAGUGCACACCUGAGUGAGAGCUCCUGCACAGAGGAAAAAGCCUAAACCUGUGACCUCUGUACCCGUCUCGCUCCUCCUCUCCCCUUCUCCCCCUCUCCAACCCCUCUGUCCCAGCACUGAGGAGACACCUGAACUAAACCUUAAACUUCUCUCUCUUCUCUGCCUUCUCCUCCGGUGCUAUUCACCCCUCCCGACCCACAAUCCCCACUCACACACGUCUCCACGCCUUCUCCACAGCUCCCCUUCGUAAUCGCCAUCACCUUACAGAUGUGAAGGGACAACAAGGACUAACUGCCUUUGUGCUCUUUUCCGUUGCGAGGACUUUGAAUUCAGAGCAGGAACAUUUUUGUUUCUCUGCGCUCACACAACAACGAUCCUUGGCCAAUGGUGGCGUUGACCAAAUAUGAGGAGCGAUGUCCCGCUGGCAUUCAGAGGAAAGUGCGAGCACCACUUUAGAGUAGUCCAGUGACAAACAAGAGCACACAAAAAGCCUCCUAUUACUGUAAACAAGGACUGUGCUGCAGUCGGUGUCGAUUUCUGGCACCUGUAAGAAGCUCACUGCUUAUCACCGCCAAGGCCAUAUAGCCUAGUCUGCUGUCUUAACCAACACAGCGUCUUUGUAGUAUGUAUGUAUGUAACUCACAGAUGUAGUGUGGGUGUCUGUGUGCACUUGUGUCGACCGAGAGUUAAAGACCCGUGACGGAGCAUGUGAUCUUUGUGUUUGGUUAGGCGUGAUCCAG